AUGCAAAAGAUUAUGCAGCAUAUAUCGGUCUUCCUGGCUUCUUGGUUAUGCGGACUGGCAUUCAGUGCCUCUUCCCCCACCAGCGUUCAAAUCGGGGGGUUAUUCCCGAGAGGAGCAGAUCAGGAAUACAGUGCAUUUCGUUUAGGAAUUUUCCAGCAUAAUUCACAUGAACUGAGGCUGACGCCCCAUGUUGACAAUUUGGAAGUAGCAAACAGUUUCGCCAUAACCAACGCAUUCUGUUCCCAGUUUUCAAGGGGAGUUUACGCCAUUUUUGGAUUUUACGACAAGAAAUCUGUAAAUACGCUUACAUCAUUCUGUGGAACCCUGCAUGUUUCUUUUAUCACUCCAAGCUUUCCUGCUGAUGGCUUACACCAAUUUGUCAUACAGAUGAGACCAGAUCUCAAGGGUGCUCUUCUUAGUUUGAUUGAAUAUUACCAAUGGGACAAGUUUGCUUAUCUGUAUGAUAGUGACCGAGGGUUGUCAGUGUUACAAGCAGUCCUGGAUGCUGCUGCUGAAAACAAAUGGCAAGUCACAGCAAUCAAUGUAGGAAAUAUUAAAGAUGACAGGAAAGAUGAAGCCUACCGCUCACUUUUUCAGGACCUGGAAAAUAAAAAGGAAAGACAAGUGAUUCUUGACUGCGAACGUGACAAAGUUAAUGACAUCAUGGAACAGGUCAUAACAAUCGGCAAACAUGUUAAAGGAUAUCAUUACAUUCUUGCUAACUUGGGAUUUACAGAUGGAGACUUGUCAAAAAUUCAAUAUGGUGGAGCCAAUGUGUCUGGAUUUCAAAUUGUCGAUUAUGAUGAUCCAGUUGUAAUGAAGUUCAUGCAGCGAUGGUUAGCCUUGGAUGAGAAGGAGUAUCCAGGAGGGAAAACAAGCAAAAUUAAGUACACUUCUGCUCUGACCUAUGAUGCUGUUCAAGUGAUGACUGAAGCAUUUCGCUAUCUACGCAAACAGAGAAUUGACAUCUCUAGGCGAGGUAGCACUGGCGAUUGUCUUGCCAACCCUGCUGUUCCCUGGGGUCAGGGCAUUGAAAUAGAGAGGGCAUUAAAGCUGGUUCGCAUUGAUGGUUUGACAGGAAAUAUCCAGUUUGAUCAAUUUGGAAGAAGAGUCAACUACACAGUAAAUAUAAUGGAACUCAAAAAUAGCGGCCCUCGGAAGAUUGGAUACUGGAAUGAAGUUGACAAGAUGGUUGUUACAGCAACAGAUUUUCUUGCUGGGAAUGAAACCGCAGGAAUGGAGAAUAAAACCGUUAUAGUAACAAGCAUUAUGGAAUCACCCUACGUGAUGCUGAAGAAAAAUUAUGAACAGUUUGAAGGAAACGACCAGUAUGAAGGUUAUUGUGUGGAUCUGGCUGCAGAAAUAGCUAAACAUUGUGGCUUUAAGUACAAACUCUCCAUUGUCCCUGAUGGGAAAUACGGUGCUAGGGAUGCAGAGACAAAAGUUUGGAAUGGAAUGGUUGGAGAAUUGGUAUAUGGGAAAGCAGACAUUGCAGUAGCUCCACUGACAAUCACGUUGGUAAGAGAAGAGGUUAUCGACUUUUCAAAGCCCUUCAUGAGUCUUGGGAUAUCCAUCAUGAUAAAGAAACCACAGAAGUCGAAACCAGGAGUAUUCUCCUUUCUAGAUCCAUUAGCUUAUGAAAUCUGGAUGUGCAUUGUCUUCGCUUACAUCGGGGUCAGCGUAGUUUUAUUCUUGGUCAGCAGAUUUAGUCCAUAUGAGUGGCACACUGAAGAAUACGAAGAUGGACGGGAAACACAAAGUAACGACCAAACUAAUGAAUUUGGGAUAUUUAAUAGUCUCUGGUUUUCUCUGGGUGCCUUUAUGCAGCAAGGAUGCGAUAUUUCGCCAAGAUCCCUGUCGGGACGUAUUGUUGGAGGUGUGUGGUGGUUCUUUACCUUGAUCAUAAUAUCAUCAUAUACGGCUAACUUAGCUGCUUUCCUGACGGUUGAACGGAUGGUGUCACCUAUUGAAAGUGCAGAGGACCUUGCUAAGCAAACUGAUAUUGCAUAUGGAACUUUGGAUGCUGGAUCUACAAAAGAAUUCUUUAGGAGAUCCAAAAUUGCACUUUUUGAAAAAAUGUGGGCCUACAUGAAGAGCGCUGAGCCAUCUGUCUUUGUCAAGACAACUGCAGAAGGUGUGGUCAGAGUACGGAAAUCGAAAGGGAAAUAUGCAUACCUCCUGGAAUCCACCAUGAACGAGUACAUUGAACAAAGAAAACCCUGCGACACCAUGAAAGUUGGAGGGAACCUAGACUCGAAAGGAUAUGGGAUUGCAACACCCAAAGGAUCCUCAUUAAGAAAUGCGGUUAACCUCGCAGUUCUAAAACUGAAUGAACAAGGCCUCUUGGACAAAUUGAAAAACAAAUGGUGGUACGACAAAGGAGAGUGCGGCAGCGGGGGAGGUGAUUCCAAGGUCAGCCUCAGUGAGAAAAGUAAUGGAACGCCUGUAAACCUUGCAGUAUUGAAACUCAGUGAGCAAGGCGUCUUAGACAAGCUGAAAAACAAAUGGUGGUACGAUAAAGGUGAAUGUGGACCCAAGGACUCUGGAAGUAAGGAAAAAACAAGUGCUUUAAGCCUGAGCAAUGUGGCUGGAGUCUUCUACAUUCUCGUUGGAGGACUUGGUUUGGCAAUGCUGGUGGCUUUGAUUGAAUUCUGUUACAAGUCAAGAGCAGAGGCAAAACGAAUGAAGAUGACCUUUGGUGAUGCCAUGAGAAGUGAAGCAAGACUAUCAAUUACAGGAAGCACUGGAGAAAACGGACAAGUUAUGACUCCAGAAUUUCCCAAAGCAGUGCAUGCAGUACCUUACGUGAGGCCUGGCAUGGGAUUGAAUGUCAGUGUAACUGAUUUUUCUUGA